CCCGCGGGCACCAUGCUCGCCAUGAGCCCCCUGCCCCUCUGCCUCCUGCUCUGGCACCUGCGGCACCUGGCGCUGGGUUAUCUGACGGUCAGCAUCGAGCCCCUGCCUCCGGUGGUGGUGGGAGACGCCGUGACCCUGAAAUGCAACUUCAAAACCGACGGGAAAAUGCGGGAGAUCGUCUGGUACCGGGUCACUGAUGGCGGGACCAUCAAGCAGAAGAUCUUCACCUUCGAUGCCAUGUUCUCCACCAAUUUUUCCCAGAUGGAAAACUACCGGAAGCGGGAAGACCUCGUUUACCAAUCCACCGUGCGCCUUCCCGAGGUCCGGAUUUCGGACAACGGUCCCUACGAGUGCCACGUGGGGAUCUAUGACCGAGCCACGAGGGAGAAGGUGGUCCUGGCCUCUGGGAAUGUGUUCCUGAACGUGAUGGCUCCCCCAACGUCCAUCUCGGUGCUGGCCGCGGACACGCCGGCGCCCUUCAGCCGCUACCAGGCGCAGAACUUCACCCUGGUGUGCGUGGUGUCCGGCGGGAAGCCCGCGCCACUGGUGUACUUCAAACGGGACGGGGAGCCCAUCGAGGCCCCCCCGCUGCCGGAGCCGCCGGCCGGCGCCAGCAGCUGGGCCCCCCGCAACCUCCUGCACCGCGACCUGGACGACACCAAGGUGCCGAAACCCGCGGCGGCCGAGGCCGAGCCGGGGGCGGGAAACCCCUUCCCCACGGCGGAUCCUCCGCGGGGGCUGGCGGCCGAGCGGGAUUCGGUGACCGAGAGCAUCCCCGAGACGGUGGUGAGCCGGGAGUUCCCGCGCUGGGUGCACGUGGCCGAGCCCAUCUACUAUUUCCGACACACGCACGCGCCCGUCAGCGACGGCACCGUCGAGGCCAGGGCCACCCUGACGUGGACGCUGAACCCCCAGAUCGACAACGAGGCCCUGUUCAGCUGCGAGGUCAAGCACCCGGCGCUCUCCAUGCCCAUGCAGUCCGAGGUCACGCUGGCCAAGCCAAGCCAAGCCAAGCCAAGCCAAGCCAGAUUUAAUGAUUUCAGCUCCGGGCUUGCUCCCCUCUCCCCGCAGAACGAGGUGUUCCCGGAGCCGCUGUUCACGUGGACGCGCGUGGGCAGCCGGCUGCUGGACGGCAGCGCCGAGCACGACGGCAAGGAGCUGGUCCUGGAGCGGGUCCCGGCCGAGCUCAACGGCUCCAUGUACCGCUGCACCGCCCAGAACCCGCUGGGCUCCACCGACACCCACACGCGCCUCAUCGUCUUCGAAAACCCGAAUAUUCCCAGAGGACCAGAGGACUCCAAUGGUGCGUGGUGCUGGUGGCGUUUGGGGUUUCGGGGAGGGAAGGGGUGGGCAGAGAGGGGCUGGCCUUGCCUUGGGCCACCACUCCUGGUCUCAUCCAAAGCCUCGCCCAUCUCUCCUUGCCCUGUCCCAAGCUCUUGCCCAUCUCUCCUUCCCUCAUUCCCAGCCCUUUCUGAUCUGUCCUUGCCUCCUUCCCAGCCCU